GCGAGCCUCACCAAGAAAGCGUUCCAUUUCGCUCCAGCCAGCUCAAGCAAGAAGAAGGCAGCGGCGGCGGCGGCAGUGGUAGAUGGAGGGGAAGGAGGAGGAUGUCCGGCUGGGAGCCAACAAGUUCUCGGAGAGGCAGCCCAUCGGCACGGCGGCGCAGGGGUCCGACGACAAGGACUACAAGGAGCCGCCGCCGGCGCCGCUGUUCGAGCCCGGGGAGCUCAAGUCGUGGUCGUUCUACCGCGCAGGCAUCGCCGAGUUCAUGGCCACCUUCCUCUUCCUCUACAUCACCGUCCUCACCGUCAUGGGCGUCAACAACUCCCCCUCCAAGUGCGCCAGCGUCGGCAUCCAGGGCAUCGCAUGGUCCUUCGGCGGCAUGAUCUUCGCCCUCGUCUACUGCACCGCCGGCAUCUCCGGCGGCCACAUCAACCCGGCGGUCACCUUCGGGCUCUUCCUGGCGAGGAAGUUGUCGCUGACCAGGGCGGUGUUCUACAUAGUGAUGCAGUGCCUCGGCGCCAUCUGCGGCGCCGGCGUCGUCAAGGGGUUCCAGAAGGGCCUGUACGAGACCACCGGCGGCGGCGCCAACGUCGUCGCGUCGGGGUACACCAAGGGCGACGGCCUCGGCGCCGAGAUCGUCGGCACCUUCAUCCUCGUCUACACCGUCUUCUCCGCCACCGACGCUAAGAGGAACGCCAGGGACUCCCACGUUCCGAUCCUUGCACCGCUGCCAAUCGGGUUUGCAGUGUUCCUGGUUCACCUCGCUACCAUCCCCAUCACCGGCACCGGUAUCAACCCGGCAAGGAGCCUUGGCGCUGCCAUCAUCUACAACAGGGACCAUGCCUGGGAUGACCAUUGGAUCUUCUGGGUUGGCCCCUUCAUUGGCGCUGCCCUGGCUGCCAUCUACCACCAGGUGGUCAUCAGAGCAAUUCCAUUCAAGAGCAGGUCUUAAGCUGCAGCAGCUAUUAUCACUGUCAAGAUUCCAAUCCAACGCAAGCUGCUUCUGAAGUUCUGGUGCGCGGCUGUUUCCCGUUGUGUACUAUGUUAGUAUUGUGGAGUUAAAAUUCCUCUUCAAGUUUGCUGUACUCCUGUUUUUAUCUGAACACAGACUUGUAAUUUCAGUACUCAAUUGUGUAUCCCUCUUUUUACUAGUAUGCAAAUUAAGCUAUCCUCCUGCUACUGGAGUUCGGUUCA